GCAUAACUUGUGACGCACACCUUGUUGCCGGACAGGUGUUUGGCAACUACCAAUCCGUGGACUUGCCUGCGGCUAAACAAAGAGACAAGUUUCUUGUUUACGUCUGUCAAGACUCUACGAUAUAGCCAGUCAACCUGUCCGCUCACCCUCAGUAAGGAGAGAGGGGACUCAAGGGGAAGACACGCUGUAGGACUGAGACUAAGUGGGUCUUUCUCCACUCACGGAAGCAAUGGCCGGGCGCCUUGUCUUGAUGUUUGUGGGGAUGGUGGUGGCGGUGGCCCCGUUCGUCACUGCAGCUGGUCUGAGCGCUGGAGGUGCCCAUGUGUGCUCCCGCCGGACGGCGUAUCUGCAGCCUUACACGGUAACGGAGCAAGCAAGCAGGAGUCAGCGAUACACCGGUAAAUGCGACGGAUGGUUGUGGAGUACCCGUGAUUGUACCAAGUACAGGACCGUGUACAGUGUGCGGUACAGGCAGAUGCAGCGCACGGUGUACCGGACUGCCUACGAGUGCUGCACCGGCUGGCGGCAGUCAGGCAGCUCCUGCCCGAUACCGAUCUGCUCCAGCGCGUGUCAGAACGGCGGGGCCUGCACUGCUCCUGGCGUCUGUACCUGUACUGCAGGUUUCACGGGAAGCCGAUGUCAGAUAGGUCAAUCUGGUACUGAAAAUCAUUGUAGAUUUUUGCUGUUUGGUGUUGGUCUCAUUUGUUUGGUGUUGGUGUACUAUUGCUUACCUGAACGUUCAUCCUUGACAGACAAGAAUGAGUGCUCCAGCAACAACGGAGGCUGUGACCAAACCUGUACUAACACCAGGGGGAGCUACACCUGUUCCUGCCGACAGGGAUUCGUGCUGGACAGUGAUGGACGAGGGUGUUCGGACCAUGACGAGUGUGCUGCGGGUGACCACGGGUGCCAGCAGCAGUGUCAGAACUCUCACGGCGGCUACAGCUGCGGCUGUGAGGACGGCUAUGAGCUGGGCAGUAACGGGAAGACAUGUAACGAUAUCGAUGAGUGUGCCAGCAACCCGUGUAGUCAGACCUGUACCCAGAAUGCACCGGGGCACGGGUACCAGUGUUCCUGUGGGGACGGCUACAUCCUGGGGGACGACGGGACAUCCUGCGAACCCCAAUGCCCACAGGGCUGUGCUAACGGCGGACGCUGCGCCAGUCCGGGCGUGUGUGAAUGUGUGGACGGGUUCGCUGGAGAUGCCUGCCAAGAGCCUGUGUGCGAACCUCCCUGUGAGAAUGGCGGAGUCUGUGAUGCCCGGAUGUAUGCUUCUGUCAGCCCGGCCUCGACGGAGAUCGGUGUGAGAAUGGUACGAACAACUUCACAAUCUUAUCAUGACGAAUGUGCAACCAACGACCACAGCUGUGACUUCUGUCAGAACAUGGCGGGAAGCUACAGGUGUUACUGUCCCGAUGGCUACCUGCUGGACGACGACGGGAAGACGUGUGUCGAUAUCAACGAAUGUGCAGGCGCCAACGGUUGUGAAGAGAUCUGUAUGAACACCAACGGCAGCUACGCAUGCGCGUGUCUGCCUGGGUUCUAUCUGGAUGGAAAUGGACUCAGCUGUCUCGACCAUGACGAGUGCGCGACCCACGACCACGGGUGCCAGCACCAGUGUGUGAACGCCCGCGGGUUUUACAGCUGUGAGUGUCACGAUGGCUUCAUGCUCCAGGACGACCUCAGGUCUUGUGUUGACAUUGACGAGUGUGCUGCAGAGGAGUCCCCGUGUGAGCAGAUCUGUGAGAACUCUGAGGGAGGGUACCAGUGUCGGUGCGAGGACGGGUACCAGCUGAACCCUGAGGAGCCUGGACUGUGCGAGCGCAAACAGGUUGCCGAACCCACCGGCAAGUACCUGUUUGCCUGCUCAUCUGUCGAAAAAUCGACAGGAGAAUCCAAGACAUGA